AAAUGGUUUCUUCUGGAAGAACUUUUUAAAAUUAAAAGAAGACGACCAAAAACUAUUUCUUUUAACACGGAUGAAUCGGACAGUGUACAAUAUUCUUUUAAAUAUAAUUAGUCCGUUUUUAAAAAAACCAAAACAACAAGUUGGCGUCGAGGAGCGAGUGGUUAUAACAUUAAUGUAAGUUAAACAAUCCUUGAAACAUAUUCAUUUAAUUGUAUUCUCAUAUAUUUUUUAGGUACCUCGCUUAUGGAAUACCUUUCGAGGUCAUAGCCUCGAUGCAUAAGUUAGGCAAAACAACAGUGCGGAAUAUCGUACUUGAAACGUGUGAAAUACUUUGGUUACAUCUGUCCCCGAUAUACCUUAGCGAGCCAAGUACCGCACAAUAUAAAGAUAUUGCUGCAGAUUUUUUAAAACUGUGGAAUAUACCCAACUGUGUCGGAGCAAUUGACGGGAAGCAUAUAGCUAUUGUUCGUCCACAAAAUUCAGUCUCGUUAUUUUAUAACUAUAAAAAGUUUUAUAGUAUAGUUUUAAUGGCAUCCUGCGACGCUAGGUAUACGUUUACCUCUGCCAGCAUUGGUAGCUAUGGAGGACAAAGUGACGGAGGUGUCUUUCAGCAAUCUAAAUUUGGUAAAGCGCUCUUGGAAAACAAAUUGCCACUACCACCAAGAGCUCCAUUAUGGAAUGAAUCCUCAACAGAUUUUCCACAUUUUUUUGUGGCCGACGCAGCGUUUCCGUUGAAGGAAAACUUAAUGCGACCUUACCCCGGUGCACAGCUGUCACGAAACAAAGCAAUUUUCAAUUACCGGUUAUCGCGAGCUCGUAGAGUAAUCGAAAAUAGCUUUGGUAUUUUAACCGCUCGAUGGCGUGUUCUACGAAAGGUCAUAGACUUUAGUCCAAAGAACUGCGAAACAAUUGUGUUAACCUGCUUGGUUCUUCACAAUUUUGUAAUGUUGAAUGACCAUGAUCGUUGGUAUUGUCCAGAUACAUUUGUAGACACAGACACCGCAGACCAUGGAAUAUUGGAGGGAGAAUGGCGUGAAGAUUUAGAGAGUGUUGGAGGUGCAUUACAUUCAAUAAGUUCAACUCGACGCAAUGCAUCUUGUAUCGCAUUCCGUGUAAGGGAUUUUUUGGCUUUUUUUAUUAACCAGGGAGCAGUUUCAUUUCAAGAAGAUCGUAUUUAG